AUCAACUGCUUGGGACUUUGCAGUUUGAGCCACGCAGUGCUCGCAAAGGAUACCCAAAAUUCAGCAGUAGUUCCUCUCUAUCACCUUGUCCCCUCUUACAUUGGUUACACUUCUACGCUGACUUGUACAGACAGUGCCCUGCACGAGAGGCCAAAGAAAAACAAGAUAUUGCACUUCUUGGCUGCAGAGCGGAAGCUGAGAUGUCAGAGGGGCCAUCCAGGAUCACGGGGCCUAUUCCUCCAGACCCCACCCUUUGCCCGGAUUACUACAGACGACCCCUGUCAGCCCGGGGAAGGCUGGAAGGGAACUCCUUGAAGCUGGAUCUGCUCCCUGGGCCACUUCCUCCAGACCCGACCCUCUACCCUACCCUGUACAGUGCGCGCCUCACCCAGCCCCCUCCGCGGAUCAAGCCCAAUGCCAAGGACAUCCUGGAGGUGGGCCGCAAAGGUACUGUGGGAGCCCUGCUGCAGCUGGAUGGAAUUCCCUUCUUCCAGGAGUUGCCACCCAAAAGGAAGGAGUGCAAAGACUACGAGAAAGUGAAUCUCCGACGCCUGAGAGAGAUCCAGAGGAAGUGUCGUGAGAAGAAGCAGGCCCAGGAGCUCAGCCAGCCCACGCCUGUGAAGGCCUUGUGGAAGUCCCCCAAGUAUGAGAGUGUGGAGUCCAAAGUGAAGAUCAAGCUGCAGGAGAAUGCUGGUCCUCCAAAUCCAGAAGCUCAGAGGUUCCUGAGAGCUUACUCCCGCUGCGGCCCUGGGAUUCACCCAUGCCGGCCGCUGUCCCAAAACUCUGCUCAGUUGGGAGCAACAGCAGAUGCUGCAACAGCGCCAGUCCCAGGCGGGAAUGUCAAGACCUCAGAGAAUGGCAAGGUGGACUUUGUCAGCCACAACGCCCAGAAUGCAAAGCGGGCCCACAUGCGGCGAUCGCGCUCCCUGCAGUCGCUCACCGAAGUGCUGGCGCAGAAGCAGAAGGAGCAGUUGGACUAUGACGCCAAGCAGAAAGGCCACGUCCCUCGCUACCUGAUUGAGAGGAAGGAUCACUGGCGCAAAGCAGCAGAGGAGCGCCAGCGCAACAUGCCCGACCCCUCCAUGCCCCCGGGCCAUUCCCUGAUGCCGGAGAGCCAGCGUGUGGAAACCCUGAACAACCUCAAACAGAGCCAAGAGCAACUUCUGAAAGACCUCCUGUUGCUCCCAGUGCGAGCCGACACACUCAACUUGCAGAACAGGCGGGCGGGGCUGGAGAAGAAACUGUCACAGGUUGAGGAGGCCCUCAAGAUCUUCUCCCGACCCAAAGUCUUCAUCAAGAUGGAUUCCUAGGCCACGAGAGGCAAGAAAGGAGUGUGUGUGUGUUCCUGCCCUAAGCCAGGCGCUCUCUUCCUCCUCCUCAGUCCCACACCACGCUUGUCGUAUUUCACACAGGAGUAGGGAAAACUGCAGAAUAGAGGCCAGACGGAGGAGAAGUCUCUCUUCCCAGGAAUCUUAGCGCAGAGUUCUAAUGACCCUGAACCCUCUGAUGAUGCAGCUGAAGCUGACCAGAAUCUCCGCCAGGAUACAGGUGGAGCGUGUGCAUGGGAGACAAUAGCACAGUCCCCGAGAGCCAGCUCACCCACUGGCAUCCGCUGGGCUCCCCUUGGCAGUUCCAGAAACGCAACAGGUAGACGCAACAGCUCGGUGAUCGGCUGAUGCUGUCAGGCACACAUGGGAUUUUUAACUGCUUGGAAGGGUUUUAAAAUAAAGCCGAUAUUUUUUCCA